AUGGAGACAGAAAAGGGAGACACAAAGAUGAGAAACGGGACACAGCGAGACUGUCUUUCAGUCUGUGGGUGUGCGCACGGUGGAACAGACCUCCAGGCGUUGCGUAGAUUUCUCCCCCCCUCCCGCAGCAUCUCCCGGGGACAAGCAGGACUUGCUGGGGCGCAGCUGGAUCGGAAAGCAAAUAGUUUAAGCUAUGACACUGUAUUUCUAACCCGCUCUGCGAAGCCUAACACACAGACCGCUCCACGCCCAGUGACACAGACAGCAUGCCCGGACAACCCUGUGGCCCCCAAAUCUGCAUGCACUGGGGAUGACGUCCCCCAGCGCUCCCGACACACGCUCUCCCUGGCUGGGGGACUAGCCAGUAAAGUUGCACAACUACAGCGAAGAGCUGGGAGCGGGUGGGGAGAUGGUAGGAAAAGAAGGGGUUGUAGUCGGGGCGAAAAGGCUGGUCCUAGAGGCCGCAGAUUCGGGUCCCCGCGCCACCUUUGUCUGGAGAGCGCUCUGAGCGCUGGUUUGCUCGUUGAGACCAGAAUGGAAGCCUCCACUUCGCUCUUCUGGACUGCUUGCGGACAGAGAGGGUCACGUCCGCCCAGGUCCCGGGCUGCUGUGUCGCCGGAUCGUCCUGUCAGGAGCUGCCCUGGAGCAGCAUUCCAGGAACGCCGGGCACUGACCACACACCAGGGUCCCGGGAGCCAGGUGGCCCGCACCAAGGCGGCUUCGGGGACUUGCAAGUGGACAAGUCUCGGGAGUCCCCAUUCAAACUUUUGCCUCGAGCAGGUUAACAAAAAAGCUCAAGGUGCCAGCGGUCCCUCCAGCUCUCCAGCACAAGACCCCAAGACUUUUCUAAGGGGGGAACAAAAGAAACGUGAUUACCUUGAAAGGCGGCUUAUUGCAGUUUGGGGGGAAAAUCACCGCAGCGCUGCGCGAAUGGGCUCGGUGUUGCCGGGGCGGGUCACAUAG